AUGGAAUUGAAACUGAAUGAAAUGAGCCAUCUGACAAACUUUCUAUUAGGCAGUCUAUUACUUCAUUUCGAAAUUGCAAAGUCACACUGCUCGUACCGAAUAAACGAAGCUAUUCAGCGGUGUGUUCAACCCGUCGCUCAGUACGCCAAAAUUCUCAAUCAACAGUUGCAUGCUAACAGAGUGAAGAAUAUCACAGCUGUAUAG